AUGAACAGAUACGCCAGGGGCCCAUUGGCCGCCUCCUCCAAGGCUACGGCCUCCACGCUAUGCCAAAAAUGCCUGAAGAGAGAUGAGUCCAUCGCCUCGAUAUCAGAAUGUGCGAAAACUAACAUCGGAUUACGCCACUACAGUUACGAAUGCAAAGCAGUUAUCCAGGAACGUCCCUAUGUCUCGAGACCAUCUCGGACACAGCAGCUGCUCAAUCCAAAGUUGCAGCCCAGAUUGAUGACAAGUGAUGCCCCGCUAGACCUCAUGAGAAAGAAAGGCAUCGCCGAUGAGCUAUUGGCCAAAGCGGACCAGGAGAGGGGCCGGAAGCGCGAGAGACAGAGUGAGGAAGCAGAAGCUCCAGGUACAUCUAAGAGAAUGAGGUCUGCGUCUUCAGCGUCCGUCUCCAGUAUAUCUACGGGAAUUUCACGAUCUCCUUCUCCUCACCAAGCAACAAGAGACUACUCUACAAGCAAGAGUACACAGAGAAAUGUUGCGCCUCCAUCUCGUCGAAGAUCUCCAACCAUGUCUGCAUCACCGCCCAGAAAUCGACAUGCCGAUCCGGAGAGGAAGAGGAGGCGUGACUCAUUCUCUUCGACUGAUUCCUACAGCUCCGCAGAGAGAAAGCCUUUGAGAGAGCGAGCAAGUAGUCGAAGUACCCGGAGACGCUUCCAGCAGAGCGACCCACCUGCUAGAGGCCGGAGUACGGAGAGCAGAAGCCCUUAUAGAAAGCGAAGAGAUCUGUCCAACGAUCGACAACAUGCCAGAAAUAGGCUCAGUGGAAUCGAAAAUAGGCCUCCGCCUCCCAAAGAGCGAAGUUUGAGUCCGUUCAGCAAACGGCUUGCUCUGACACAGGCCAUGAAUGGUGGUGGUAGAUAA